AUGGCCGAGAUUUACCUUUUCUACACGCGUACCAACUCCUCACUUUGUCGGUACGACUUUGACUUUACCAACGCGGCGGCUAUACGCUCCAAUCCAGUCUACCAGCCGUACAUUGAGGAGAAGGACCGCUACAGUUUUGACCGGUAUCGGGAGCCGUUCAGAGAUCCGAAUGCCCUCUCCACCAUCAACGAGACUGGCCUCUGUCCGGUGCUGCCAGUCGUGCCCACUGCAAUGGCAAUGGGUUGUGUCAUUGGCUGGAGUGGCACGGCAAUUGACAGCAUGAAGAAGACGGACAGUACGCCACAGAUUCGCCUGAUAAACAACGGCACCGAGGUGCACCCUGAUGAUGAGGAGUACGAAACCUGGAUGAGCAGCUGCAUUACACUGGCCGCUCUGGCGGGCAGCUUCCUCAGCGGCUUCAUCAUCAAGUUCCUCGGCAGUCGAAAGACGCUCAUCGGCCUGGGCGUGCCGCUCAUUGCCGGCUGGGCAGUCAUCUGUUUUGCCAAAAACUUUACAAUCAUCAUCGUGGGGCGUGCCAUCACCGGCCUUGUCUCUGGGGUGAUCUGCAGCACCGCUCCCGGUUAUGUGAGCGACCUGGUGACGCCGAAGACGAGAGGUUUCCUCAGCACCGGUUUCCAGAUCAUGAUUUGCGUCGGUCAGCUGUACCUGAUCUGUUUUGGCACCUUCCUCGAGUGGAACACCCUCGCCUACGUGUCCAUCGUGCCGGCGAUCGUCUGCUCGCUGGGCAUGGUCUUCUCGCCGGAGUCGCCCGUCAGACUUGUGGAGCUAGGACGGCACAGCGAGGCGCUCGAGGUGCUCGAGGUGAUUCGCGCCAAGGAGAGCGACAUGAGCGGCGAGCUGAAGGAGCUGCAGGAGCGAGUGCAGGCGAACCAGGCGCAGUCGGGCGGCGGUCUGAGCAUCGUCCGUCGUGCUGAUAUCUACAAACCGGCCAUCAUCGCCGUCAUGUUGAUGGUCUUCCAGCAGUUCAGCGGCGUGAACGCCGUCAUGUUCUACCUGAAGAGCAUCUUCACAGAGGGCGGCAGCAGCCUCGACCCGAACAUCGCCGCCAUCAUGGUGGACGCCGCUCUGGUGGGCGCCACCAUCGUCAGCGCCCUGGUCAUGAACAAGUUUGGCCGCAAGACGCUCCUGCUCACCAGCAGUGCAGGCCACGUGGUCAGCCUGGCGAUGAUGGGCCUCUACUACAAGGUCAUCUUCCCCGCCCACGGCUGGAUUCCGGUUACCGCACUGAUGGUCUUCGUCAUCUUCUUCAGCUUUGGCUGGGGCCCGCUCGCCUGGGUUCUCUGCUACGAUUGUACGCCCCCGGAGGGUGUGCCUUUUGUCAGCUCAAUUGGCAGUGCCAGCAAUUGGCUGUGCGCCUUCAUCAUCACCAAGGAGUUUGAGUGGCUGAUCAAGACGCUGACCAAGCCGGGCGCCUACUGGUUCUUCACCGGUUUCAGCGUAGUGUCCAUCUUCUACACCAUCUUCCUUGUGCCGGAGACGAAGGAUCGUUCGCUGGAAGAUCUGCAAAGACACUUUCUAGGAAAGAAGAAUUAG